AACAUGCUUCACUAAAAGUCUCUAGUUCACUCUUUCACUCUCUCGCCUCUCAGAUAUUCAGCUGCUUUCGAACAAUCCAUGAAAAUUUUGUAAGAUUUUCAAUCCUUUUGAUAUCGUGUUGUAUGAUCAUAUCUUUUCCCUUGUGCAAAGCUCAGUGUUUUUUUCUCUGGAAACCCAAGCAAUUCAUUCCAAGUUGAUGACUUAGAUGAUGUGAGCUUGUCGAAUACUCUAAUUGGAUGUUCUUAGUGAUUCCUAUUAUAUAUCCCUGGAAAAACUCUACGUUCGUGUGCAAUACCAUAUAUUUCAAUAGUUAUAACCAUGAUGUUUCGCUCAGUGUUUGUUGUUCUAAACCCUGUUUCUCGAACUGCUGUUAAUCAUCUGUCAAAACGUAUUGUUACUCGUAGAUCAUUUCAAUCUCUGGUAAUCUCUCAAAGUUCUCACAGUCAUAUCCUUGCAUUGGGUGAUGCCGUCUCAAAUAGGAUGACAUACUGUUCCCUGCACAGUGCUGAGGACCCUACUGAGCAAACGUCAAAGGAGAACCUUAAUGAGGAGGCACUCCAAGACCAGCAGUAUCCAAUUUUCAACAAUAUCAACUAUGAAGAAAUAGCAGGAAAUGAUGAAGAUUUGUUAGACAGACUGAAUGAUGUAGUAGCUCAGAUGCGUUCCAUGGCUAGUCAAAAUCAACUCUUACCCACUCAGCUGAAACGUCAACAAUGGCUUGAAUUAGUAAAACUCAGAUCUUUCUCAAGUAGAUCAAAACUUGUAAGAUUUUUUUUCAUUAAUGAAAUGAAAAGACUAAAUAAGCGGAUUAGAAAAGAAAAACGCCGAAAACUGCUUGAGGAAAGAGCGGCUAACAUAAAUGUAUCAAAUGACGAGACUGGUGUUUUGAGUUAUGGACUAUCACAUAACUCAUUGUUUCUCAGAAUCUAUGACACUACCAUUGAUAAAGUGGCAAAUUGGGCUGUAUUACAGGCUAUGAUGUUUGAACCUAAGAUCAUAAUAGACUGUUCAUAUGAUCAAUACAUGGUUCAGCAUGAAAAAAGAAGCUGCUUAAAACAAUUAGUAUAUCUGUUCAGUAAAAAUCGGACCAAGCCAAAUCCUGUUGAUAUUCAUUUUGUAAACUUUAAUCCUGAGUCAGAUCUUGCAAAGGGCUUACGAAAUCUUAUGCCAACUCUGUACGAGCCUCAUUUUCCAUUUAACUGGUCCUCCGAAAGCUAUGAUGAUCUCUUUCCAAAAGAGAAACUGGUCUAUUUAACGCCUCAUUGUGAAGAGACGUUGGAGACUAUCAGUCAUGAUGAUAUUUACAUUAUUGGUGCAAUGGUUGAUAGGGGUGUCUCGGAACCACUUUCAUUAACCAAGGCACGUAGGAGUGGAGUACGAUAUGCAAAAUUACCCUUAGAUGAUUUCGUGGAUUGGGGGACUGGAGGAAAAUCACUGACAGUCGAUCAGUGUGUGAACAUCAUUGCGGAUACUUUACAUCAUGGUUCAUGGGAGAAGUCUUUGAAAACUUGGAUCCCACCUCGAAAAUUGAAAAAAUCAACCAUCGAGGAAGCAGAAUGCGAAAUUAGAAAGAAACACAGUGCAUUUCACCUGAAAGAUUCUCAUCGGCGGAAUAUGUUGUUGUAUGAAGUCUUACAUGCUGAAUUAGAAGGGGAGAAAGGUAAAAAAUUCAAAGGACAGUGGCCUCAGCAAUGAAAUCUUUUACUUGCAUCGAAUGAGUAUUUACCUAAGACAAGUAGGCCCUUAGAUAUGAAAUAUUUUUGUCUUUGAUCUGUAAAUUUUACCAAUAAACUUUGUUUAAAAAAUGAA